AUGUUUUCAAAUGUAUAUGAAAUUCGAUCAAAUGCAGUAACAGUACUUUAUAUUAUUUUUUCGUUUUAUGUUCCAAGAAUUUUAUUUAACUUUAUUCUUUCAUGUAUAUCACAAACUACUUCUGGUAUUUACUUUUUUUGUCAAUAUCGUCAAUUAUUUAUCCUUAUACUUGAAACUUCACUUGAUCGUCCUUUAAGUCCAUGUGAAUUAGUAAUCCUUGAAAAUUUCAGACCUGGAAUUGAUACAAUAGUUUAUGAUCAUUAUGAUAAUUAUGAUAUUCGUAAUUGUUGUGGGAUCCAUCCUACAGAUG